CAUCAGCCAGUUUGUAGUUGGAUAAAACACCUGAUUAGCAUUUACACCCAUAAUUUGCGAUUGAUUGCCUAGCUGCCAGCUAUAUAAAGGACAACACUCUCCACUUCAAACAUCUUCUGAUCAUCUUACUCUCGAGACAGCAGUUCACCGCAUCAGCAACAGGAACAAUGGCUCUUUUGUUGGUGUUCGCAUCCCUCGUGGCCAGCGCCAUGGCUGGUGAUCUGCUGUACGGAGGCUUGGCAGACCCUGUCCUUGGCAAUGGCAUUGGCAUUGGCCUCGCUGGUCCUGUCAUCGGCGCUGGACCUGUCAUCGGCGCUGGGCCUGUCAUCGGUAGCGGCAUCGUUGGUCCAGUCGUCGGCAAGGGCAUUGGCAUUGGCGUCAACCCUGUCUACCGUAGGAGAGUCGCCCUCGGCAUUCCCGUUGGUCCUUACUACGGAAAGAGCAUCGGUGUCCCAGUCAUCGGCAAUGGCAUUGGCUACGGUCUGCCCGCUGCUUCCAUUGCUUCCAUUGCUCCAAUUGCUCCUGUUGCUGCCGUGUCUCCAUCAUCGGCAAGAGCAUUGGCAUCGGCCCUGUCUACGGAAGGGGUAUCGCCCUCGGCGCUGCUCCUGUCUUGAGCAAGGGCGUUGGACUUCUGGGUGCUCCCAUCAUUGGUGAUGGUCUUGCUGCUGGUGCCGGCCUCAUUGCACCAGCCUACGGUCUUGGCGCUGGCCUUCUCGGAAAGUACUAACUGCCAACAACCAGCAUCCUCGAGAUUGGACGAGAACAGCAUGUCAUUUAGUUGCUGAUCAAAAUGAUAAAUGAAUAAAGUUGAUCUAAUUCAGCCGAAAA